UCCAAACAAUUACUCAAGUUAUAGUUGGUGCAAUGCCUUCAAGGGUUCAUCCAUCGCCCUUAUGAGGCGAUGUGCCAUCCGUCAUUCAUCAAGCUAUCAUCAUUCUCGCAUUUCAUUAGUUCGGUUUUCAUUUCUUCUCAUGAGCCAGAGAGGAUCCAUAUGCUACACUGAUCCACGAGUCGAUAAAACCUCUCGAGAUACGCAAAUCGCUUCGACAUUUUCGAGCCCGAAUGAGAUCGAGGAGCGCACGUUUUCGAGAAGUCGAACCCGGAAUGUUGUUGCCAAAGGGAAAAUGCCCCUCUUCCCUCCCUCAAACCUUUGCUCAGCAUGAAAAGAAACAUGUUUUCCUCUUCACUCCACCCAUUACUUUCCAGAGAGGCCUCUCUCCUCCCUCUUUCUUCUAGUUGUUUUCUUGGCUGAGUAACAUCUUCACUUAACCUUGAAAGAGACUUUGCUCCUUGAUUUUCAUGCUUUCUUGUCUUCCAAUUCAACCCACAAAACAAAUCCAUCCACACUUUCGCACCCUCCUCAAUAUUCGCACCCUCCAUCUCCUUCUUGGUGGACUAGUUCUUCCUUCCAUGGCAAUAAGAAACAGGAAACUCUUCCCGGCUCUCACCACCACCAAUGAGACGAACAACUGUCCCGACUUCUGCGACCCGGCAUGCCCCUACAACUGCCCCGACUUCUUCUUCUUCCAGCCGCCGCCGCUGCCACCUCCACCACAGCCUCUGUCGCUCUCGGCCUCUGAUCAUCCCAGCCAAGACAACCGCAUCCCUCCAUCUUUGAUCAUCGUAGUUGCAUUGCUGUCGGGGUUUUUCCUCCUCGUUGGCCUCAUCAUGGCAAGGUCCUCUUCCUGGUGGCCGUCAAGGAGUAAUCCACCAAACCCGGCAGCCGCGGCAGAUGACGGUGACGAAGAAGAUUUCCUCGACGAGAACCGCAUCGACCACCCCAUAUGGUUCAUCGCCACCGUGGGCCUGCAACAGUCGAUCAUAAACUCGAUAACUGUUUGCAAGUACAGGAAAGGGGAGGGGUUGAUAGAAGGCAGUGAUUGCUCUGUGUGCUUGAACGAGUUCCAAGAAGGCGAAACUUUGAGGCUAUUGCCCAAGUGCAGCCAUGCUUUCCAUAUUCACUGCAUAGAUACAUGGUUGAGGUCUCACACGAAUUGCCCACUCUGCCGCGCGAGCAUCCUCUCCAGCACAGCAAAUCUCAAUCCCCCCGGGCCAACUUUGGAGAUGAUGGGACUCAGCGAAGAUGCCCGGAUAGAGAAUUCUACGCAGAAUGUGGAGUUGGGAGACGGCCAUGACAGAUACGGCGCUCCCGAAACCAGGGCAGAAACAGAGGAUGAAGAUGAAGCAGCAGGUGCUGACGGUCAAGUGAUAUUGAAGGUCGAUGCAGAACUCAACAGAGACUCUGCUAAUGAUCAAGAAGCAGUAAAAGGGUCUGCUUCCACGGAUUCUGUAGGAACUCUUUCACCCUUUUCUGUCCUGAGGAAGUCUCGCAGCGCGAAAGAUCAAACAGGUGGCACGCACGUGACGGUUGAUGUAGAUCAGAAGCUGCUUGAUGGUAGAAUGCGCGGCCCUUCAAUUGAGCAGCUUCUGAACAAUCCGAGCUCGGCAAACAUGACGAGAUCGCAUUCGUGCAGCGAAGGGUUCUUCCCAUCAAGACCCAGUCGGAGCUGCUGUGAAUCAGCCCUUCCAUCGUAACGCGCUCUGCAGGAAAUUCCUCCCCGUUUCUGAUGAAUUGGGCAUGAGAUUCAGUAGGUGUUUGAAGAUGGAUUUCCGCUUGGGGAUGGCCCAAAACGGCUCCAGCAGCGGAGACCCGGAAACAGAGUCGCAAAGAGGAAAGCGUCGACUGUGAUGAUCAUUAGAGUCAUCUUGAAGGUAACAUCAAGAGCGCAAUAAGUAGCAUCGAAGCGCGUAGUCGAACUUUGUUUCUCUCUCGAUUCCUAGAAUGCAUGUAUUUUGUAUCUUGUUCCAUGCGUCAAAAUUAUCCAAGUGACUCCUUGACUAAAAAAUUUCCUAUGGAAGUGAUUAAUGGCGAUUCUGCGAGAGAUCGUCGCCCUGUAAAGCUGCUGGUUUUGAGAUGAAAUGGCCUUCAAGCCAAAGGUGAAAUUUUUCCCCUGAUAAAGAAUUGAAUAUAG